GGAGCUGCGGCAGCGACGCCUCGAGAACGAGGGGCGCCCGGGACGCCCCCGCCACACCCUCGCCCUGCCAGCCUGGCGGGGGGCGUCGCGCCAGCCAGCAGCUGCACACGCCGCUGCGGGGUACCCCUUUGGCGCUGAGGUCCUCUCCUGCAGCGCCGCAGCCCUCGGACUUCGCGGGCCAUUUGGUGUUGGGGGAGGGGCUCGCGGGCCCCGCGGAGCAGUCCCCACAGGAGGGCGGGAGCGAGUCCGGCAGCUCUCGGAUUGCGGAGGCGGAGCAGCACUCCGGGCAGCCCUGGCCCGAGGCUUCAACCUCGCCAGCCCCGCCGCUCCCGCGACCGCUGCCUUAGAAGACGUUUAACAAGAACCAGAUGUGGCAGCCGCUGUCGAACUUUCCCCGAGCCUGUGAUUGGUCCCCGGCCGAGGGCCGCAGCCAGUCAGCGCGCUGGGAGGGCCCGCAGUCCCGGCCCGCCCGGGCGCCCGCGGGGAUCCAGGUUGGAGGCUGGCGCGGCGCAGCUAGUGGGCAGGCGGGCCGGGCCGGGACGCGCUCUGCCGCCGGGCAGCCCAGGAGCGGAGAGAGCAUGCGGGGGGACCACGCAGCCCGGCGACGGGCGCUGCAACCGCUGCCGCCACUGCUGCUGCUGCUGUUGCUGCUGUCCCGGGCAGGGGCGCUGCACCCAGACGAGCUCUUCCCUUACGGGCAGUCGAGGGGGGACCAGCUCCUGCAGGAAGGCGACGAUGAAAGUUCAGCCCCGGUGAAGCUGGCGAGUCCCCUGCGCUUCUACGAAGCCCAGUUCAGCUACCUCUACGUGGGCACCAACGGUAUCAUCUCCACUCAGGACUUCCCUAGGGAGACCCAGUACGUGGACGAUGAUUUCCCCACAGACUUUCCGGCCAUCGCUCCCUUCCUGGCGGACAUCGACACGAGCCGGGGCAGGGGCCAGGUCCUGUACCGUGAGGACACGUCCCUGGCGGUGCUGGGCCUGGCCGCCCGCUACGUGCGCGCCGGCUUCCCGCGCACCGCGGCGCGCUUCACCCCCACCCACGCCUUCCUGGCCACCUGGGAGCAGGUGGCCGCCUACGAGGAGGCCAGCAGCCGCGUGCCGCCCUCAGAAGAGCUGAACACUUUCCAGGCAGUUUUGGCAUCUGAUGAGUCUGAUACCUACGCCCUCUUUCUGUACCCUGCCAAUGGCCUUCAGUUCUUUGGAACCCGCCCCAAAGAGUCUUACAACGUCCAGCUCGAGCUUCCCGCCCGGGUGGGCUUCUGCCGAGGGGAGGUCGAUGACUCGAAGAGAGAAGGACCCUAUUUCAGCUUGACUAGCACUGAACAGACUGUGAAAAAUCUCUACCAACAGAGCAACCUGGGGGUUCCUGGAGUGUGGGCUUUUCAUAUCGGCAGCACUUCCCCACUGGACAAUAUCAGGCCAGCCACUGUUGGAGGAGACCUUACCAAAGCCCACCCUUCACCUUCCCUGGAGCAGUCCUUCGGCCCUACUGCAGCCCCGGCAAGUGCCUACACUGAGGACGAUCUGGAUUAUUAUGAUGAGAAUGAGGGAGAGGUGGAAUACCCCCCAGGUGAGCCAGGGGAUGCAUGGAAUGGCCACAGCAGUAUAGACACUUCCUUCCAGUCGAAAGCUGAGCCAAGACCUUUAGGAGGUCCGGCCUCCCCUUCGCCACAGCUGACAGCUAGUGAUCGACCUCUCUACCCCAAAGCAGAAUCUGCCACCUUGGACCCUCAAACCAAAGAGGGGAGAGCUCUGGGCGGGGUAGAUUCCCCAGGUCUAAACGGCCGAGUCAAGGCUUCCAGACAGCCAGGGACCAGAGGCCCAGCUCCAUCAGAGAUAGAAGGAGAUUCACUGGAUCCUACCCGGGGAGCCCCACCUCCCUACGCAGAUGGAGGGGCCCCGCCUUCAGAAGAGGGUGCUCCUUCAGCCCACCCCGAAGGAAAGGCGGUUCUUCUAAAUUACCCCGUGCCCGCUCACACCCCACCGCUGGGUCGGGGGAGACAAGUGCUGGGCGUGGAAGACGUCAUCGGUUCCAGCACUGAGGUCUUCACGUAUAAUGCUGCCAACAAGGAAACCUGCGAACACCACCACGGACAGUGCUCCCAGCACGCCUUCUGCACCGACUACGCCACCGGCUUCUGCUGCCACUGCCAGUCCAGGUUUUACGGGAAUGGGAAGCACUGUCUGCCGGAAGGGGCACCUCAUCGAGUCAAUGGGAAAGUGAGUGGCCACCUCCGUGUGGGCCACACGCCUGUGCACUUCACGAACGUGGACCUGCAUGCUUACAUUGUGGGCAACGACGGCAGAGCCUACACGGCCAUCAGCCACAUCCCUCAGCCCGCAGCCCAGGCCCUUCUCCCACUCACACCAAUCGGAGGCCUCUUUGGCUGGCUCUUUGCUUUGCAAAAACCAGGCUGGGAGAAUGGCUUCAGCUUCACAGGGGCUACCUUUACCCAUGAGAUGGAAGUUACUUUCUACCCAGGAGAAGAGAGGGUUCGAAUCACUCAGACUGCUGAGGGACUUGACCCGGAGAACUACCUGAGCAUUAAGACCAACAUUCAAGGCCAGGUGCCUUACAUCCCAGCAAAUUUCACAGUCCACGUAGCUCCCUACAAGGAGACUUACCACUACUCAGACUCAGCGGUGACCUCCACAAGUUCCAGAGACUACUCACUCACCUUGGGUACCAUCAACCAAACACGGUCCUACCGCGUCUACCAGAACAUCACUUACGAGGCCUGCAGGCACUCCCCCAGACACCCAGCCGUCCCCACCACCCAGCAGCUGAAUGUGGACCGGGUCUUUGCCUUGUACACAGAUGAGGAAAGGGUGCUUAGAUUUGCCGUGACCAAUCAGGUUGGCCCAGUUGAAGGGGAUUCAGACCCCAUCAGCGUGAAUCCUUGCUACGACGGGAGCCACACAUGUGACAUGAGGGCUCAGUGCCAUCCAGGGGCAGGGGUGGACUACACCUGCGAGUGUGCCUCUGGGUACCAGGGAGACGGACGCGGUUGUGUGGGUUUCAGACCUUGUGUUCCUUUCACCCGUGACAUCCCCACAAGCCACAGAAAUUGCUUUACAUUUCUAAAAGAAAAGUUGUUAGUGUGUUUUUCUGAUGUAAAUGAGUGUGCAGCUGGCUCCCAUCACUGCGGCCCCAACUCCGUGUGUAUCAACUUGCUGGGAAGUUACAGGUGUGAGUGCCGGAGUGGUUAUGAGUUUGCAGAUGACCAGCACACUUGCGUCUCGAUCACCCCACCUCCCAACCCCUGUGAGGACGGCAGCCACUCCUGCGCUCCUGCUGGCCAGGCCCGGUGCAUUCACCACGGAGGCAGCACAUUCAGCUGCGCCUGCCUGCCUGGUUACACGGGCACCGGGCACCAGUGUGCCGAUGUUGAUGAAUGCUCGGAAAACAGAUGUCACCCCUCGGCUACCUGCUACAAUACCCCCGGCUCCUUCUCCUGCCAGUGCCACCCUGGCUAUCGUGGCGAUGGAUUUCAGUGCACACCUGACCCGUCGUCAGGGCUGACCCCCUGUGAAGAGCGGCAGCGCCAGGCCCAGGCCCAGCACGCCGCCUACCCCGGCAGCCUGCCGCACGUCCCCCAGUGCGAUGAGCGCGGCGGCUUCCUGCCCCUGCAGUGUCACGGCACCACCGGCUUCUGCUGGUGCGUGGACCCCGACGGCCGCCAAGUCCCCGGCACGCGCACGCCCCCCGGCUCCACGCCACUGCGCUGCGGGCUGCCAGAGCCCACCCAGAGGCCCCGGACUGUCUGUGAGCGCUGGAGGGAAAAUCUGCUGGAGCACUACGGUGGCACGCCCAGGGACGACCAGUACGUGCCCCAGUGUGAUGACCUGGGCCACUUCAUCCCCCUGCAGUGCCACGGGAAGAGUGACUUCUGCUGGUGCGUGGACAAAGACGGCAGAGAAGUGCAGGGCACCCGCUCGCAGCCAGGCACCACCCCUGCAUGUAUCCCCACAGUUGCUCCGCCCACAUUCCGGCCCGUGCCCCGGCCUGACGUGACCCCUCCGUCUGUGGGCACCUUCCUGCUCUAUGCCCAGGGCCAGCAGAUCGGCCACUUGCCUCUCAACGGUACCAGGCUUCAGAAGGACAUGGCCAAGACCCUGCUGUCACUACAUGGCUCCAUAGUUGUGGGAAUUGACUAUGACUGCCGCGAGAGGAUGGUGUACUGGACAGAUGUAGCUGGACGGACAAUCAGCCGUGCCAGUCUGGUACCAGGAGCAGAGCCUGAGACAGUCGUCAACUCAGGUCUGAUAAGCCCCGAAGGACUUGCCAUUGACCACUUUCGUAGAACAAUGUACUGGACGGACAGUGGCCUGGACAAGAUAGAGAGGGCCAGGCUGGACGGCUCUGAGCGCAAAGCCCUCUUCCACACGGACCUGGUGAAUCCUCGAGCCAUUGCUGUGGAUCCAAUCCGAGGCAACUUGUACUGGACAGACUGGAAUCGAGAAGCUCCUAAAAUCGAAACGUCUUCUUUAGAAGGAGAAAAUAGAAGAAUUCUGGUGAAUAAAGACAUUGGACUACCUAACGGUUUAACCUUUGACCCCUUCUCCAAACUGCUCUGCUGGGCAGACGCAGGAACCAAAAAACUGGAGUGCACGCUACCUGAUGGGACUGGACGGCGCGUCAUUCAGAACCACCUCAAUUACCCCUUCAGUAUUGUUAGCUAUGCAGAUCACUUCUACCACACGGACUGGAGGAGGGAUGGUGUUAUAUCAGUAAAUAGAGACAGCGGCCAGUUUACUGAUGAGUAUCUCCCAGAGCAACGAUCUCAUCUCUAUGGGAUAACUGCAGUCUACCCCUACUGCCCAACAGGAAGAAAGUAAACAUGGCAUCAUAAAGGACUUGGAGUUUACAAUCAGAAUCUGGACCCUAAAGAACAUUUACUGCAAACAAAGGUGAAGAAAGUGAAAAAGGAAUUGGACUUACAAGAUGAACACUUUCAGAACAAAAAGACUAUAUAUCUUGUGAAAAGUUUAUACCUCAAUCUUUACUACUGUAUUUUGAAAAACUAAAGUUACUACAAGUUUUAAAAAGUAACAAUUUUAAUUAUUGCUUAUUAAAGCAAUUUUUAUAAACAUUUCUAUCAUAUUUAAAAGGUCAAAUCAUUCAACUAAGAACCAAUUAGAGUAUAAGACCCUAAAUCUAAAUUUUUGCUAAGGAUUCUAAAGCAAGGUUAUAAAGACACAAUCCUGAAGAUCAUAAAUAAGCCUUGACCUAGAGAAGGCUAUGCAGAACUGGCGGGGGAAAAACCAACUUACUUAUUUAUAGUUUCCCAGCAAAAGUUCUAAGUUUAUUUUUGUGUGUUUUUGUUUUUACCUCUGCAUCACUGCAUUUCUAUUUAUAUUAAAAGGUGCUAGAAUGUUUCGAUUUGUAUCUUCUGAUCCUGUUAAGUCCCUCUAUAGUUACCCACAGAAGUUACUACAUAUAUAAAUACCAAAGAUGUAACAAUUCUCAAAUUUUCUAGAUUACUCCAAUAAAAUAUUUUAAGUUUUCCUAUGA